CUGCUAUUUCCGUGAACACAGCUGUAUAUAUAUACACCUAUUUAGAUUCGGGGCUGAGUAGGAGGUACCGGUCGCCGGGGUCGACGGUAGGAGGAAGAUUGCCGCCAAUUGGCUCAAAGUGCGCUGGCGUUUAAAGUGCAAAAAACGCCAAAGGGGGAAAGAAACUAAUCACUCAUUUACGGGGAAAAAAAUAGACUUUAUUACGGGCAUUUCGAUAAAAAACAAAAUAGCUAAAGAGAGAAGCUUCGUCACCUGCCUGCUGCUUUGGCCAAAACUACAACCUGUAAACGAUAUAUACUACACAAUUAAACAAGGCGUAAUCUUAUCGACACUCGGACAACCGACGGAAGUCUUGGCCAAAGCAGUCGGUGAAACGGCAGCAAACCGGACGGAAGCAAGGGAGAACCAAGGGGAUCUUUAAGCUGAACAGGAACAAGUGAUAACGAUGGAGAGUGAAGAUCAAAACAACAACUAUGGUGUUUGCCUGGAGGAGCUCCAAUUGUUUGCUCAGCUGGAAGAGGGUCUUACAGGGGAUUUAGAGCUGGAACUUCUAGAGCUGCGAGACAGUUCAGAGCAAAAGACACCAAAGCCUAUGCCACCACAGGCCUCAACAGCAAACCACAAGCUUCGUCGUAGAGGAACAUCAUCAUCAUCUUCUGGUCAUACCUGUGACACGUGCGGUCGACGCUUCUCAGAGGCCUACAACCUGCGCAUCCACAAGAUGACCCACACGGACGAGAAACCCCAUGUCUGCGGCGACUGUGGCAAGGGUUUCCGUCAGCUGAAUAAGCUACGCAUCCAUGCUGUCACCCAUACAGAGGAACGGCCCCACAAGUGUGAUAUUUGUGGCAAGGGAUUUCGUUAUGCCAACUAUUUGGCUGUCCACCGUCGACUGCAUACGGGCGAGAAACCAUAUCCUUGUUUGGAUAAGAAGUGUGCCAUGGUAUUUCACUCUAUACAUGCAAGAAGGAUUCACCAGAAACUGCAACAUGCUGGGGAUAUUGAGCUGCUGCCACUGGAAGAGCAUAGAGAGGCAGAUACUUCAACCUCCACCUCGUCACUUAGCUUCACCUGCCCCGUGUGCGGGCGUAUUCUCACCGAUCAGUGCUACCUGAGCACCCAUCUCAAGCGUCACUACAACCAGCGCGACUUUGCCUGUCCGCAGCCGGAGUGCGGCAAGAGUUUCUUUAGCGCCUCGGAGCUGAAGCAUCAUCAGAUAGCCCAUACCCAGUUGCGUCCCUUUGCCUGUCCGCUGUGUCCGGCGAGGUUCCUGAGGAAGUCUAAUUACAAGCAGCAUCUCAAGGUGCACGAGCGUUAGGGAGUAAGAAUCAUCUAUGCACUACUGGUUGAAGUAAUAAGCAUCCCAAAAAGCAUGUUUUUGAUCCCAAAAAGCAUGUCUUUGAUCCCAAAUAACAUGUUUUUGAUGCCAAAAAGCAAGAAAAUGGGUUGGUUCAUUAACAAAGUUUUAUAGGACCUCAUUCGCAUGUACUUAUUAUCUUAACCAGUAGUGUGCCGUAACAGACUCCAUGCAUUUUUAGUAAAGAUAAACCCAGUUAAAGCUAAAACUAGUGGCAUUUACUUCCUCCAAUCCAUUUGAAAUCCCAUCCAACCUUCAGAAGCGCCGCCUUUAUGUGCUCUCUAUCGAUCGAUCGAUCGGUCGCUUUUGUUUAAAUAUUAUAAGUGUUUAUUUAAAUAUACGAUUUGUGUUUGUCUUUAUCUUGCAUGCUUGCCAUAUUAGAUAUAUGUAUA